CGAGAACCGGCGGAAGAUCCACCGGAUGAAUGGUCCUCCUCCCGGGAUGGGGGCCCCGGGUCCCCGCGGGGCUCCGAAUCUCGCUGCCUCGCCCCACAGCGUGCGGCGCGCCUGGCCGUUUGUGCGCGAGGCGGGGCGCGGGGCUCCCCUGGCCCUGGGCACGCCGAACCCCUCGGCGGCGGGGGCGAGCAGCAGCCGGGGCGGCGCCCACGAGCACCGCGAGGCCGGAGAGAAUGUGGACUGUGACUCCUGGGUCCGAGAGAAAGUGCUCUUUCUUCUGCACCCGGAGAGGUGGUUGGGGACCCAAGGAGACUCCGUACGGGAAGAAGUGGCCGAUGAGGAGGACCUUUUCAAAGCGGGAGGACAGGACCGGGAACCCGAGUGCCCUUCGCCUCUCUUUCCACGGGAAAAGCGAAUUUCUGGCAGCCGUGUAGACGCUCCCUCCCGAGCUCCGGGGGACCCACCCAAACCCCUCCUCGUGCGGGUCGUGGAUUAUGAGGUGACACAAGAAGUCCUGCAGGUCGCGUGGGCGAAGGGCUGCAUGACCACGCUGACCGAGGAGCGCUCCAUGACCGCGGUCACUUUCGCCGCCAACACGGAGUGAGACCGGUUGCGGGGCGCCGGGACCCCUGGAGAACCCCGAGCCCUCGGCACAGGCAGAGAGAGACCCCCGUGUCCACGCCGCGGAGGGAGAGUUUCACGGUCCCUCAGGACUUGACUCCCCGAGGAGAUUCAGGGAAGAGGAGCCCGAGGAACGUUCAGGAGUUGGUGAGGGAGCGCUCAUCCUUAAGAAAAGAAAAUGCUCUUCCGGAAACUCCAGCCUGAAAUUAACCGACAGCAAGAACCUUUUAAGAGGCUUCAGGGAGGCACACGGCACCCAGUGCAGACUGAAGAACUUGUUAGGAAGAAAAGAGAGGAGCUAGAAAAAGAAGGGGAGGAAACAGAAGACUGAAUUUUGAAGGUGAAAUGCUAUAUCAAAGGGCUUUACCCCAAGUGUCUAAUUUAGUUCCGUAAAAAUGCUAUUAAUAUGAAAUUUUUAGUUAUCUUAAUGUUUGAAACACUGCAGAUAAACCUUCUGCUCCAAAGGUAGAUAGAAAUAUAUAGUUUGCCAUAAAAUGACUGUAUAUCUUAUUCAAAGUUUCUUACUAAUAAGAUUUGUAGUCGAGACUGGAUUGAAAAAAAAUCUCUCCUGAUACUGUUGAAAAAAAAUUUCUUCUGAUGCUAUUGAAACAACUCAUUUUUAUUUUGCUAAUUUUUUAUUAAACUCCAUCUUUAUUAACUCUAGUAGUGGGGCCUGGUUUGGAGGUGUGUUAGGAGCAAAGCACCCCCUCUAGAGAUGAACUGAAGGAGUUAUCUGAUUACUGCAGGAAUUAACAAGACAAAUGGGACUCUGGCUUUUGAGGAGUAAACUACUGAACAGGGCCCCCCUCCCUUACUCUUCCUCCUUUGCCCCUUAUUUUCAGUUUAGAGCUUGACAGGCCCUCAAAUAUCAUCUGAUCCACCUCUUGCCUCUUGGCAGACAAGAUAGGUAAGAUAUGUCCCUAUUUUACAGUUGAGCCAACCUAGGCCUAGAAGCCAUGUGGCUUAUGUAGGUCACGAAGCUAGUUACUGCAUAUGCUUACUAAGUAGAUAAGAAUAUGAUCAUCUCCCUCCUAAAAGUUUGGGGAUGCCUUUAGGACUUACUUCUAGGGAGUCAAAAGAUGAGUGAGGGCAGCCUAGGUUUUCUGACGCAGUCAGUUAUGAGUACUAAGAUCACCUUGAUGUCCCUGAGUCUGGCCAGGCCUGUGGGCUUGAGAUUUAUCACUAGCAGUUCUCAGGCCAGUGUGAUCCUCACUUGAGAGAGGAAUUCAGCACCUGAGCUCAUCUGUGCUCAAAACUGCUUGGUAGGUAGAAAAGGUAAUACAGACUCCAUGAAAUGAAUGAUCUUUUCAUCCAACAACCCUGCCUGGCUCCAGUGUGAGGUUAAACUUCUCGGCAGACAAAUUUCAGACCUGACUCAAUAAGUUCGGUUGUUGUGAGUCAACAUACGCCCUAUGUGAUAGAGCUUUGAAUAGAGACAAGAAAAGCCUCUUUAAAGUUGACCAAAAACAGUAGCGGCGUUCUGUUGCCUUCCCUAUGGAGCCACCUCAGGACUUGAGCUACUUGGGUUCACAGCCACUCCACCUCUUACUAACUGUGUGACACUGGGCAAGUGUUUCACCUCUCUGUGACUCUGGGUCCUUAUUUGUUAAAUAGGGAUAAUAAAUAGUAUCAAUCUUAUAGGGUUUUUCCUAGGAUUAAGUUAGAUGAAAGAUAUUUAGAUCAGUGCUUGGCAUAUAAUAAAUGCUCAAAGUGAGCGAUUAUUAUUAGUAGUAUUAUCGUUAUUGUUUAGUUCACUUUCAUCCUAACCUGGCUUUAGGGCUUUAUUUAAUAAAAAGCAGGAGAAGGCAUACAACACAAGAAGUCUUACAGAACCCAAACCAGUGGUUUUUAUGGACUUUUUUCUGCAUUCUUGAAACAAAAGUCUUAUUUCUAGCUUUUCCCAACAUUUAAUGGAUCAGUACAUUUAAAUUCCUUAAAUUCCUUAGUAAUGACACCCCCCCACACAUACAGCUUGUGAUAAGAUUCAUCCUAAAUUUAAGAGGCAUAAGGUACACCAUGUUUGACAGUCUUUGAAGAGGUUUCUCAGACUGCUUAGUUCCCCUUGGCAGGUAGGAACUUGGAGUACUUUCUUUAGGACCUGUCAGGUUAGUUUGUUUGCCCUCUGGGAUUUUAAAUCUGCUGCCCUUGUCAUCUCAGAAAAGCAGGAUAGGCACAAUUAAUUUUCAUUUCAUCUCCUUUCUGUCAAAAAAGUAUUCAAGUCAGCUGGACUCCUUUAAUCCAAAUACGUUUGGGUUAAUUUUCUUUCCUUGAAGUAAAAAUUAUUUUUAAAGCACUUAACCUCCCUGCUAACUGCCUAUAAUGUGCUUAUACAUCUUCUAUAAACAGAUGUCUCCCUGAUGCAAAAAAUAAAAGUUGAGGUCUGCUGAAUUUGCUUCACAGAUUUUCCCAAUCCAAGCAGAACCCUGCUGUGGGAGGAAGCUGAGGAAUCUUUUCCCAAUUAACAGUGUCCCAGGGGCUCCCUUGGUGGUGCAGUGGUUAAGAAUCUGCCUGCCAAUGCAGGGGACAUGGGUUCAAUCCCUGGUCCGGGAAGAUCCCACAUGCUGCGGAGCAACUAAGCCCAUGCGCCACAGCUACUGAGCCUGUGCUGUAGAGCCCACGAGCCACAACUACUGAGCCCGUGUGCCACAACCACUGAAGCCCACGAGCCUAGAGCCCGUGCUCCUCAACAAGUGAAGCCACCGCAAUGAGAAGCCCGCGCACUGCACCGAAGAGUAGCCCCCACUCACCGCAACUAGAGAAAGCCCACGCACAGCAACGAAGACGCAAUGCAGCCUAAAUAAAUAAAUAAAUAAAUAAAUAAAUAAAUAAAUAAAUAAAAACAACAAAAAGAAACCAAACAGUGUCCUGGGAGUGAAUCUGAAGGGAAGCCUGGGCAUCCUCAAUACCAAGAAGUCUCUGAGAAUGACUGGGUCUUGGCUCUUUGGUCUUACCUCCACCUCACCAAAAGUGUGAUCAUCUACACUUGUUUUAUGUGGAUGAAUCACAGCAAGGACUUUGGAAGCCAGCUGACCACUCAAGUGACCAUAAGACACAUAUUAUAGUCACAUAAACUGCCAUGGAUCAAGCAAGUGUCAGCCUCUCUUAACCUUUGUCCACAGCCUCCAUCAUCUUUGGGAGUCAUUACAUUUGACUCGCUGAUCUUAUUCUUGUUGGUCAUCACCAGCACUUGAUGUGCCUUUCUGCUUAAAAACGAAAAAGAAAGAAAGAAAAAAGGAGAAAGAGAAAAGGCUUUCUGUUAACAGAAAAAGUUAUAUUCAUUGCAAAAAUAUUUGAGGAAAUGUUAUUUUGUGAGGAAAAAGAAAAAUGGAAUAAAAGAAAACAAAAACUCACCCAUGACCCCAAAUCUCUUUUAGUAAUUGGUAUGUUUCCAGUCUGGUUUUAUUUAUUUGAUUUUUUUAAUGUGUAUAUACAUACACUUUUCUGAUCCUAAACUGUAUAUAAAAUCUGAGUGUUGUCUUUAUGUAAACUAAUGUAUACUGAUGCUAUUCAAGGUGGGGUCUGUGAACCAGAAGCCUGGGCAUCUCCAAGAAUGGUUUUUUAAGAAAUGCAGAAUUCCAAGCCCCACUCUAAAUCUGUUGAAUCGGAAUUCACAUUUUGACCAGAUCCCUGGGUGAUUCACAUAAAAGUUUGAGAAGCAUUGACACAUACGCUACAUUUAGUUCUGUAUCCUACUUUGUCACUUACAAAAACUUAAAAGUUUUUCUUUUUCUAUAUGGAAAACAAUGCCAUGGUAAUAACACUUUGUAGAAUUAUGAAAACAUUUAGAGAUCACAAAAGAGUGAAACAUAUUGAUUUGUGAAUUGGCAAAGAGAGCUCUAAAAGGCUUCGCAGUGUUUUUUUAAAGAGCCUUAUUAUUCUAAAGUUUUCCUAAUGAAAGAUUGAUUGGUUAUUGGAGUUCAAACUAUUUCAGAAAUGUGGUUCUUUUAUUGUCUAAGAAUGUGAAACAGUACUUACUUAAAAAUCCCCUUAAGGGAAGAGGGCAGGAAGUCAUUAAAGAAAGCCCGAUUACAACACUUGCAGGCUGAGUCUAGACUCGCCAGCCACUUGUAAUGAAUUGCCACUUGUAAUGAAUUGCCAGGGGAGAAAGGUAGAGCCUGAAUUUGAAUCAACUGAUUCAGAUAAGUAAGCAGGUUGUGACUCUUGAACACCCUGACAUCCUUAUAACUCUGGUCAGUACUUUGCUCUUUCAUUAGGGAGGGCAAAUCUUUGUAACUUUUCUUCUGUAGCUGAAGAUAAGAAACAGUCCAAUUUACUUUGGAAAUAAGGAAUUAUUUAUUAGGCACAAUGUAGCUAAUAGUUAACAAAACAUAGACUUGGUUAGCUUUAAAGCAAGGAAUAAAUUUAAAUUCAAACUCAGAUUUCUAAGUAUGAGAUAGAAUGACUACUUUUAGGAGGCUGCAGGCUUCACAAAACUAGGACAAACAGAGGCUGCUUAUUCUGAGCUCGGUUAUAGAAAGGGAGUCAGCCAGCAUCACUUGCACUGGGCCAGGGAGCAAAGGCAGGCAGGGCAGUGGGAAAGUUUCACAGUGACCAAGAUGAUCUUAACUUUAUUCUCAGCUCAACUAAACCUUAGGUUUCUUCCUGACUAUAGCUCCUGAGCUCCUUAGAGCAUUACUUGAGAAAACUUGGAAUUGUAAAUUUCUUUCUCUGCCCCUUUGAGAUAUAAAUCUCCCAAUGUCUUGCCAGUUUUACAACCCAGGAACAGGACCUUCUUUCUCAAGGAUCUGGAAGCCAUCCCUUUGAAAUGUAAUCUAGAAAGAUGGGGGCCCCUGACUCCCAGUCUCUGCAAGGGGGGGUCAGAGCCCAACUUCAUAAGCCUUAGUUAGCAAACACGGAUGGCUUAAUGGCUUUGACCAACCUCCCCUCUAAGGUCCUCUAGUACUUCUCCACUAGCUCACCCCAGUGCUUAAAAGCUGUCCCACCUUUUGUUUCAAAGGAGUUGAGUUCAGUCUCUCUCCCCUAUUGCAAUAAACUUGAAUAAAGUCUUCCUUGCCUCUUUAACUCGGUCUAGUACAAUUUUUGUUUGACAACAGUGAAGAAAGGAGGGGUUUCAUGUAUGCUCUGAUUGGAAGCUACUAGCAUGGGAAAGCUACAGGUAGGCUAUCAAGAGGGGCUUCUUAUGUAAUGGUUUAGGGCUCUCUCUGGUAGGUCCUGAGUUGGAAGGGUGCAAAAAAAAAAAAAAAAAAAGAAAAAAGAAAAAUAGGGAAGCUGGCAGUCAUUGACUAAGUAAAUCCUGGUCUUUCUGGGCUGAUUGCAGCAGAGGCUGUGGUUUGCCUUCCCAGGCUAGUUGCUCCAGAGGUUGUAGAUUCAAGUUCUACAAGCUGGUAAAUAGUAUCAGCCUCAGGAAUUUUUUCUAGGAGUAAGUUUAAACUACUUAGAACAGUGCCUGGUAUGCAAUAAAUACUCAAUUAUUAUUAUUGUUACUAUUGUUGUUAUCGUCUAUUUUAAUUUUUAUCCUAACCAGCUUUAGUUUUUUUUGUCUGUUUGUUUGUUUUUAAGAGCAAAAAGCAUACAACACAAGUAACCAUAUCAAACCCAAACCAGUGGUUUUUACUGAGACUGUUUUUCUGUUAGAAACUAGAAGACCCAGUCACAGAAUUCUGGAAGGUCCAAUCACAGAAUUCUUUUUUGGAGAAAAUCACAUUACAAUUAUUUCUUAAAAACAUCCAGAAUGCAGCACUGCAAGUAGUUUCUUCAUGGGGUGAAAUAUGCUUUGGCAUAGUUCAGCCCUGACUGUUGGCACCCAAAAUGCUAUGUAACGGACCAGUGCUACCUUACUGAGAGAAAAGUAAGGGUUCACUAGGUAUUACCCAGUGAUCACUGAGGUUGGUUAGCGCACAAGCCUAAUCUUAAGGCUGGUUUGUUGGACAACCUGCCCCAGGCUUGGAAUCAUGAGUGUUAAAGCUGAUUUGUGUGCCUGUUGGAUCAUCCUUAGGCACAUGUCUUACUUCUAAAAAAUCUUGUGACUUUGAGCUUAUUUUGAAAGCCUGCUAGGUCCAUGGAAAAGCGGGUACAACUGAAUAACCGGAAUUCAUCUUACUUGGAAGAGGGACAGGGAGGUAUACGGGGCACCAGGUAAUUUUUACCAAAUCAAAAGAACUUGAAGGGGAGGGCUUGUGAACACAGUCACCUUGUGUAAGCAUUCUCUGACCACUGAUGUCCAUGUUUCAGAGAGAAACCCUGUGCAAGCCUAUGGACUUCCCAAGCCAGCCUCAAUAUUGACCCAGAUUUCUGAGGUUAUAGGUUCAGGGUUUACAGUCUUUCCAUCCCAACAUAACUGGAUGGGAAAAUGUGCAAACUUACUAGUGAAAUAAUAUUAAAUCAAAAUACGGGAGUAGAAGAAAGGAGGUUCUGUGACCUAUAUUCAGUGGCAGGGUUAUAUUUAGGCAAUGGGCAGGGUUUGCCCCAAGAGUGAAAAAUAAGCAGUACAACAUCUUCAGAGAUUUUUUAAAAAUGAUAAUGCUGGACUAAAAGCCUGUCUGCUUUUUAUCAUCACCAUGGACUUAGUAAUAAACUACUUGUCUCUGAAAAAAUCUCUUGUUGAUCUAAAUUCUUAAAAAUUCCUGUGAUUACUGUUUGAACUUUAAUAAUACAGAAGUAAGCCUCCAAUGAGCACAUUUUCAUCUUCCUUUAUUAUUUUUUUUCUAUGUGGAAGAUAAUUUAAAGAACUCUCAAUGUUGCCCCCCAAGUCAAUCUCUCUCUCCCUCUCUCUCUCUCUCUCUCUCUCUCUCUCUCUCUCUCUCUCUGUCUCUCUCUCUCUCACACACACACACACACACACAGAAUCAGUUACAUGCAUUCAUUUACAGAGUAAAUUCCUAAGAGUUCAGAAUCUUUCUUACUCACUUGGAAUGCACUUUGUGUCUCCGACCCCUAUAUAUUCCUACAUUUUAAGAGUAGAUUCAGGGACUUCCUUGGUGUGGUGCAGUGGUUAAGACUCCAUGCUCCCAAUGCAGGGGGCCUGGGUUCAAUCCCUGGUCAGGGAACUAGACCCCACAUGCAUGCCGCAACUAAGAGUUCACAUGCAGCAACUAAGAGUUUGCAUGCCACAACUAAGGAGCCCACCUGCCGCAACUAAGACCCAGUGCAACCUAAUUAAUUAAAAAAAAAAACUUUAUAAAAAAAAAGAGUAGAUUCAAUAUAAACUGUAACCCAGUGGUUGUAGUGAUUUAGAAAAAGAACUAGAGUUACUUCAAUUCUGACAUUAUAUGUGACAUGUAUAAAAUUUUAAAUAGGGAAACAGCGAAAUGUAAUAUUUUUUGUUCAAUAAGUGCAAAUUUGGUUCACACAUGAAUGG